AUUGGCGCGAUCUCGUUGAGGACGUUGGAGCUCUCUUACGUUUGCUUGCACUCGAGGCACGGAAGGCGUCUUUCUCGUUGGGCUUCUUGGUUUGUCGAGAGCGAACAUUCUUCCUUUGUUGGGCUUUUGUUUUCUUACUAGGUGGAGCAAUAAAUAAAUCGGUUCAAGAUGUUUUGGGGACUAAUUAUGGAACCAAAUAAGCGGUAUACGCAGACGAUUGAGAAGUCGUUUCAUGUCUCUAUGGCAAGUCUGGAUGCAUCGACCGGUGAUAAUGAGAUUAUACAAGUAAUGCUUUAUUACGAUAAUCGGACUUAUCUUCUAUGUACUUUAAAGAAGGGUUUAAUCUGGCAAGUACCUCUAGAUCUAAACUUUCAAGAGGGAACAAAAAUUGCUUUUAUGACUAAUGGACAGGGUCAUGUUCAUCUAACUGGUUAUUUGAUGCCUGAAGACGAUAAUUUAGAUUUGGAUGAAUUGGAAGAAGAAGAGGAAGACACGGAUGAAGAUGUACCAUCGUUAACUACACAUCCAAAGCGAAAGGCCUUGGAAGUUCUUGAGAAGGAUACAAAAAUUAAGCGAGCCAAGAUAGAUAAAUUACGGGCAGAGGCUGAAUCCUCAAACGAUGAUGACGACGAAGAUGAUGUAUUUGAUGACUCAAAAGAUGGUGAAGAUUCGGAGGAUGUGGAAGAUGAGGAAAAUGAGAACGAAAUGGCAGAUAAUGAUAGCGAUGAAGAGGAUGAAUCAUCGGACAAUGAUAGCGAUGAAGACGAAGAAGAAAAGAAGGAAUCAGAAAAAACUGUGCCAGUUACAAAGAAACAACAGCAGCAAACUAAGAAAGCAGAAAAGCAAAAGCUGGUUAAUGGCAAGGGAGUAAAACAGGAACAGGAUAAAUCAGAAAAGAACAAAAAUGAUCAACAAAAUGCUAAGCAGGAACCGAAGAAAAAAACUAUUAAAGGUGGGAUACACGUGGAAGACUUAAAAAUAGGUACUGGUGUUCCUGCUCAAAGAGGCAAAUUUGUUUCCGUUUAUUAUGUUGGUCGGCUGGCGAAUGGAAAGAAGUUUGAUUCCACAACGUCUGGGGAUGGAUUUAAAUUCCGACUUGGAAAGGGUGAAGUCAUUAAAGGAAUGGAUCUUGGAAUAACAGGCAUGAAUGUUGGUGGCAAAAGGAAAAUUACGAUUCCUCCUGCAAUGGGAUACGGUGCGAAGGGAUCACUGCCUCUUAUACCAGCAAAUAGCACACUUGUGUUUGAAGUAACACUUAAAAAUGUUUAUUAAUUUUAUAACAUGAAAUGGCAAAAGUUUUUAACAUAUAUAUGAAAAGUAUAUUGCUAUCAUUUAAGUUUACCAUCAUGAAUCUUAGAAUAUAUAUUGUUUCUGAUAAAUGGACAACUGCAUAAUAUUGAAUUUGUUAAUUUUCUGUAAAAAUAGCUUUGUGUAUUUUUGUAUUUGAUUCUUGAAUGGAAAUGGAGAUCGAUGUAUUUGUCAGUUUGAAUUACAUGCAACUAUUAAACAUCUAUCCAACAUA